AUGUUGAAUUUAUCUAAAAUUCAGUUAGAACUUGAACGGGCGAAAGAAAAAUUAAGAAAUGUUGAAGAAACAAUUCAAAAAGUAGAAGGGAAAACAUUUUCAAAUGGCCCAAUUCGGUAUGGUAACAUAAAAGUUGAAUUACAUACAGAUAAAAACAAACAUAUUGGUGCCUUUGAUGAUUCCAAAAAUCAAAGAAGGAGAGUUAUAGCCUCUGCUAUUGAUUCAAGAAUUCAAAGACCAAUUCCAGAAGAUGGUUCCUUUAAUUUAAAGAGGGGAAUAAGUGGUGACGUCAGACCUCAAGGACCUGCAUUGCCAUCGAGAGUUUUCACCACAGCAACAGAAGCACCUUCUCGUCAAGAAGUAAUUGCUGCUCAAACAGUAGAUGAACAAAGCAAGCAAAGGCAUAAAAGAAUGUUUGGAGCCCUUGUUGGAACUUUACAAAAAUUUCGUAAAGAAGAAACUAGAGUUAGGGAAAGAGAAGAAAAAAGAUUAAAAGUUGAGAAAAAAUUAGAAGAAGAUGCUAAAAGAGAAAAGGAAAAAUUAAUGCAAGAAAAGCGGGAACUCUUUUUAGAAAAGAAAAGACGAGAAGUUGAAAUAAAAAGAAUAGAAUGGAGUUUGAAUAGAGUCAAAGAAUACGAAGCUUGGGAAGCAAAUGUUAUCCCUCUGAAAAAUUUCAUUCAAACCCAGGCAAAACCUCAUUUAUUUUACUUACCAUGUGUUCACAAUGAUAAAACAGAAGAACGUUUGGUCAUUAGUCAAAAAUUAGUAGAAAAAAUGAUUGAAAAAAGAAAAAAUAAUCUUAAAGAAGAAAUAGAAAACAGCGAGAAAAAGGCGAGGAAAACGGCAACCGAAGUUGUUGAAGAAGAAGAAGAGGCCGAAAAUAUUCCGGAAAGUAAUGAGGAAACCCAUGCCGAAGAGCAUUUGACUCGUGAAGAUUUCGAAAAUGAAAACAAAGAAAAUGGAUACCUCGUUGAAGAUGUUAAGAAGCAUGUCGAUUCGGAAAAAAUGAAUCAGGUGGAAGAAAUGAAGGAGAGAAGUAAAAUGAAAGAUUCCGAUAAAAAAAAUGAAAGGGAUGAAAUGAAUAAGGAAGAAGAGCAAAAUGACAGCAGAGAAGAUUUAUCAAUGACCCGAACGGAUGAAUCGAAUAUAAAACCCGAUGACAGUUAUCAAGAAGUAUCGAAUCCGGUUCCGGUAGAAGAAUCUGAAAAUCAGUACAAUGUAGAUAACGAAAAUCCCAUUAAUUCCCCCCGACAAAACGAUGAAGAAAACAAGGGUGGGAACGGAGAAAACGACAAAGAUGAUGUGGAAUCGAAUCGUAUUCAUACGGAAAAGGAAGAUACCGUGGAAGAAUCGAGACCCGAAAUUCUAAACCAAGUGCCCGCGGUAUCAAGUGAUGAGAACAUUAACGAAGACAAAGUAAUGAGGGAAAACGAGGGAUCCGAUGAUGAUAAGAAAAAAAAUUUAGAGGAUACCAAUGACAAACCAAACGAAAUCGUUUUAGAUAAUAAUUUAAAACCGGAGGACUCCUCCUCCGAUAAAAAAGAACUCGAAAGUGAAAGUGAAAACAAAACGGAGGAGAUGAAAAAAGUGCGAAAAGCAGUGAAAAAACGAGGCGUAGAGAAAGAUCGAGGAGUAGAAAGGACGAGAGGAGGGGGCGUUCGAGGAGUCCGAGAAAAAGAUCGAGAUCCCCGAGAUUUUCUUCGAGAAAUAAAAGUUACAGGAGGAGAUCGAGUUCCCGAAGGAGGAAAACACUCGGAAAGAGGAGUCGUUCGAAUUCACCGUCGAGAAAAUCGAGAAAAUCGAGGUCUCCAUUUUCCAAAAGGGGUCGGAGGAGUGCGACGAAUUCUUCGAGAAAACGAUCGCCCCACGUCAGAAGUCGGAGGAGUUCAUCAAAAAGUUCCGUUUCCGGUUCGCCGAGAAAAAGAAAAUCGAAAUCGUCCUCGUCGUCGGAUUCCGAUUAAAAAAAUUAUUUAUAUAUAA